AUGAACGACGAAGAUAUUCAAAUAUUAAAUGGAAACAAUUACUCACAAGUGAGCCAAAUAUUGGAAGAUUUCUUAAAAACUAACGAUGAUAUUUUCACAUUUCCAUUUCUCACCGAGAACAACAGGAGAGUUUCUUUGUGGGCUGCAUUAUUUCAACAUCUACAAAAUAAAUCUUCAGAGCCAAUACAUACUCUGUGUUUAGCUACCAUAAGACUCUUAAGUCGGGAUAAACAUGAACUAGAGAGUCUUAUUUGUGAGAAAUGGGUACUAACAUUGAUUGAAAGAGCGGGUUUGUUUAACUUCGUGGACCCAGAGGACACUAUGGAAAUCAACAUGCCGGCCAAGGAAGUAGUGAUGGAAGCAUUGAAAUGUCUAUGUAACAUAGCAUUUAACAGUGAAGUGGCACGAGCUCUGUGUGCACAUUCUAGUAUCGCUCAAGGCCUUGUGGCUAGACUACGAUCCUACAAAGAGAUUCCGUUCAAAGAUGACAUAAUGUUGUUUGAUAUGAAGCUGCUGUUCAUCUUGACGGCUUUAAGACCGGAUAUUAAGACAAAGAUAAAGGACGAAUUGCACGGAAUGGAUUAUUUGGUGAGCUGUAUGAAUGAGCUGGUGUUGGAGUCUCAAGAACCGCAGCAAGAUGUUGCCGGAUGUACCGACAUUGAAAUGAGUCAUAACUGUUUACUGCAGGAUCACCAGCAAGCGAUUGCAUGCGAAAUACUGAAGACUCAGUUCAAUCUGACCUUGCACUCGGGCUCCAGCGAUCCCGUGAGUGAGGAGGAAGAAGUCAUCUAUUUGAAACUAAUGCCAUCGCUGACGGCACUUCUGUAUGCUCGCACAACAUCCCAGGAGAAACUUAUGGAGUUGCAUAGCAAUAUUGCUAAUUUACUUACAAGUGUGCCGCCAGUAUUCUACCAGUUUCUGACUCCCGAGCUGAACGAAGGUGAAUCAGCCCAGUAUGUGUACGAUGGUUACAACAUGGACGCUCUGCAGUCACUGCUGCAGCUUUUGCUGUACAGAUUAUCCAUCACUGAGACAACCAAAAAUCAAUACGAGAACCUGUCUCCAAUACUGACAGUGCUGAAUAAGAGUGCGAGGAGUUGUCGGGUUCAGAGGAAGUUCUUGAGGCAGGAGGUGUUGCCGCCACUGAGGGAUGUGUCCCGCCCGCCAGAACAAGGAGAUACUUUGAGGAACCAGCUCUGCCGGCUUCUGACCACGCCUAUCACCUCUGUUAGGGACCUGGUGGCAGAGUUCCUCUUUAUACUGUGCAAGGAAAAAGUCGGCAGAAUGGUGAAGUACACGGGAUUUGGGAACGCAGCCGGGCACUUGGCUCAGAAGGGGUUGAUGGGUGGAGGGCGCGGGCCGACGUACUCCUCGAGCAGUGACUCAGACACCGAGGAGUACCGGGAGGCCGAGCCACACAUCGACCCUGUGGUGGGGUGCACCAGGCCGCCUCGGAAUAAUCCUUGGGAGGGAAUGACUGAGGAACAGAAGGAAUACGAAGCCAUGAAACUGGUGAAUCUGUUUGAUAAGAUGCUGUCCCAGGGAGUGGUUAAGCCGGCAAGGGUUGGUCCGGACGGCCGGCCGCAGACCCUAGAACAUGUCUUGGAGCUCCGGGAACAACCACACCGAUCAAACUCAUAA